AUGUCUGCUUUUGACAUACAUUCCAAGCCUACUGAUGUAAGUUUAUACUUUUUCUUGUUUUUACUUCUAGUUUUAGCCCAAAGCAUUGGGUGUCUUCGAUUAUUGGUAUCUUCAGUACUGUCUAACAACGGGUUUGUACAUGCUUGAGCCUUGGGAGCGACGCCUCUUCAACUCCGUCGUUCUCGGAGUUUUAACCGUAUCUGCUGGUAUAGCAUACAGAGGGAUCUCCGCGUUCUUCUGAAGAUGGCUACCACAGAAAUAAAAACCUCGGAUUCUAAAGUUACAAUUUUACUCAAGGCAGUUGGUUCUACUCCGAUUAUGAAGCAAAAGACGUGGAAUCUUGAGGGGAGCAACACCGUCGCCUGGUUGGUCUGCUUCAUCCGUAAAUAUCUGAAAUUACCGUCUUCUCAGAGUUUAUUCCUCUUCAUUAACCAAGCCUUUUCUCCCAGUCCCGACCAGACUAUCUCCAAUCUUCAACGAUGUUAUGCUCCAAACGAGCAGAAGCUAGUUAUUCAUUAUAGUACUACCAAUGCCUGGGGCUGA